AUGCUCGUACGCGGUGUUGUUCUGCUAUUAAUUCUAGCAGUAGUACCUAGUUAUAGUCUUAUUUGCUAUGAGUGUUCAUGUAGUCAGCCUGAUCUAUCUGCAUGCCAUUGUGACGAAACAAGUGAAUUAUUUGGAAAUGAUUAUUGUGUUAUCGCUGAACAAAGAUUUACGGAUGAAAUAAAUAUUCAAUUAAGUCGAAUUCCACGCAACUCAACGUAUAUUUACAUUGAAGAUCCUUACUACAUUCUUAUGCAAGAAUCUAUUAGAUAUAAUAAAACCACAUCAGAUUGGAAUUUAGUUACAACCGGUGCUCUAUUCGGAUGUGAUUGGGAUUAUUGUAAUAGUCCAAAUCUGAUCGAUGCGUUACCUAGUUCAUUCAAAUUUACUAUUGAGAAGACUUGGUUAGAUACAAAUAUUUAUGGUACAGGUAAUCUUUCUGCGUGUCAUACUUGCGCCUUUGAAACGUGUGGUGAUCCAGCAAAUCCUUUGAAUUUCACUCAAUGUCCACUGACACCUUGUGUUAAUGUUACGACGUGUUUAGUAUAUGAUUUGUGGAGUGAUUUCGACGGAGGCUCACAAUGUUUUGAAUCACAAUGUGCCCCAGCGUACUUAGAUGGUGAAUUUGCUGAAACUUAUGGUGGUAAAUACAGACUUGAUAUCGAAGGUGUGGUCUAUUUACAACAAGAUCGUUUUAAUUAUGACAUUUGGGAGAUCGAUGUUUAUUGUGGCGCUGUUAAUUGUUCUCGACCAACUAUUUUUGAAGAAAUAAUAGACGUGCUUUACUAUGAUACUGUUGAUCUAGCUCCUUUUCCACCUGUUCGACCAACUACAACUCAAGCACCACCAACUACAAGUACACCUAUAGAAAAUCCUCUUACAUGUUACAAUUGUGCAUGUAUUGGUACAACAACAUGUACAUGUACAUCAACUGUGGUUACAUCUUUGGAUGAGACCUAUUGUAUUGUUGCACGAGAAAAUAUUGGUCAAGAGGUUUUUAUCAAUUUAGGUUAUAUUGAAACUGAUUCAUCUUAUGUAUAUAUUCUGGAAGCUCCGUUCGUUCUUGUUGAAGAAACCAUUGCUUAUGAUGAACAAGGUGUUCGAUGGCUUACCACAACAGAUUAUGUUGUUUAUGGAUGCAAUUGGAAUCUAUGCAAUAAACCUGCACUUCUACCACUUCUACCUAGCAGUUUUCAAAUGCGUCUACCAGAACCAUGGCUCAAUACAAAUAUUUUAGGUACUGGUGCGCCAGUACGUGAUUGUCACGAAUGUCCGGAAGCUGCUCAAUGUGGUACAACGGAAUUUCUCGAUGCUAGUAGAUGUCCAAUUAAAUCAUGCAAUACGACUUGUCUUGUUUUGGAUGUAUUUAAUGAUCCAGCUGAUGAUUUAUUAUGUUAUCAAUCAUUUUGUAUUCCACCUGAAGCUGAUGAAUAUAAUAUCUAUCAUAACCGCGUGGAAAUCGAAGGAAUUAUCUACGCUAAUGAACCAACAGUUGUGAAAAUAUGGGAAAUAGAUCUUUAUUGUCGAGCUGACGAUUGUUCACGUCCUGAAAUAUUCAAAGAGCUAAAAGAUCAAUUAAUUGUACAACCUGGCACUCUUAGUGCUCUGUUCAAUGAGACUCAUGAUCCAAGUGUACCACAGCGACGAUGUUAUGAUUGCUAUUGCUAUAACGAGCCCAAUUGUGAGUGCACAAGAAGUACGCUAAUGAAUGCAGAUUUAACUUAUUGUUUAAUUAUACGUGAAAAUUAUGGUCAAGAUUAUUGGAUCACUAUGGGACAUAUUUAUGACGAUUCAACUCGUGUUAGUAUUAUUGAUUUUCCAUAUUUAGUGUCCGAGGAAACCAUUCGUUACAAUGACAAUACAGAAGUAUGGAAUACAGUAACAAAUUUUGUUAUUUUUGGAUGUGACUGGGAUUUAUGUAAUGAUCCUAAGCUAGCACCAUAUCUUCCACGCUCAUUUCAAAUGCGCCUUCCUGAAGCAUGGCUAAAUACUAAUGUUUAUGGAAAUGGUCAGCCAGUGCGCGAUUGUCAUGAAUGUCCCGAUGCGCCUCAAUGUGGCACAGAUGAGUUUCUUGAUGCUAGUCGAUGCCCAAUUAAAUCAUGCAAUACGACUUGUCUUGUUGCCGAUACAUAUGAUGACCCAGGACAGGAUGAAUUAUGUUAUCAAUCGUUUUGUGCUCCACCUGAUUCAGAGUUUUUCGAAAUAGAUCCACACCGAGUAGAACUCGAGGGUAUACUAUAUAUUGAUAAAGUACCACGUACCGUUGAGUUAUGGGAAGUUGAUAUUUUUUGCCGUGCUGAUGAUUGCUCUCGACCAGAAAUAUUCAAAGAAUUGGAAGCUCAAUUGACAUUGGAUGUAGGUGAUUUAUCUGCAUUUGAAGGGUUAUCAACAACGGCUCAACCAGCUACUGCGACAACAACGGGUCAGACAGCAGCCCCAACCACAACUUCAAAUGCACCGGUGUUUAAUAGCAUCAGUUUAUUUAGUUCCGUGCUAGUUGCUAUACUCAUAUUGAUUUUUAUUAACUAA